AUGUCCGAAAAAGAACACAAACAAGAGCUAACCACUCUCAAGGACGACAUUAUGUCAGAAAUUGAUCUCAAACCUUUGCACCCAAAAAAUAAACUUUUGCUUUAUAGUCGUUACCUCCUAUCCAAACUUUCCUGGCAUUUCACUGUAACUACCUUAUCGAAAACCUGGGUCUCUGAAAAUAUGGAUUCUGUGGUGAACAAGUACGUACGUAAAUGGCUUGAAAUACCUAUAUCAGGAACUCUAUCUAACGUCUACCUUACCAGUAACAAGUUUGGUCUAAAUAUCUACCCGCCGUCAAUUAAGUUUGUUCAGUGCCAAACAGUUGCUCGUAACGCCUUAAAGACCUCUCCAAAUCAUUCCAUAAAAGACCUCUGGAAAACAACAACUGAGAGCAAAAACAUUCAGUACGACGUCUACACCUCGACAAAGGAAGUCCUUAAAACUUUUACCUCCGGACAAGAAGACAAACUGCAGAAUCAUCUGAUUUUGCAAGGCUCCUUCUUCUCAAAGUAUAAACGAAAGUAAAUUGCUACUAUGUUCAAUAUAAUUUAUAUAAAGUAAAAAUAAAAUUGGUCCAAGAAUUGAACCCUGUGGGACACCUGUUUUAAUUGUCAUUUCUUCUGACCUAGUUUGAUUGUACUUGACAAUUUGUUUUCUGUCUGUUAAAUAAUUGUCAAACCAUAGUUGAGUAACUCCACGUAUGCCGUAAUGUUCUAAUUUUUGAGCCAGAAUCUUGUGAUUAAUAGUAUCAAAUGCUUUUGACAAAUCGAGGAAUAUACUCAUUGUAUAUUCUCCUUUAUCAAUCGCUUUAGUAAUUCUAUCGGUAAGUUCAAUGACUGCAAGCUCAGUAGAUCUAUUUUCUCUGAAACCAUAUUGGUGUUUGCUUAAUAUUUUACUUUUUUCUAUAAAUUUAAUUAAUCUCCUAUACAUGACUUUUUCCAAUAAUUUUGCAAAACAAGUAAGAACAGAUAUUGGUCUAUAACUUUUCAAUUCAUUUUUUUCAUUUGCUUUAUAAAUUGGAGUAACUAUAGAGCUAUUUUUAAUUUAUCUGGAAUAAAUUAAGUUGAUUCCUCUGUGCAUAUUCGUGUGAACACAAGACAAGCUAUCUUGAAGAACUAUAAUCAUAGACAUAACCUCUUGCCUAAUAAACAAUCAUGGCGGAAGGACGUGCUCUUAAUAGGCUCCAUCAAAAUGUUGCUAAUACAAAUGAAAAUAGUUGUCUGAAUUCCUUUCUUACUAGUGCUAGUUGCACUAAACUGUCUGGCAUGUCUUAUGAUGGAGUACGUUUAAAGUGGACCGGUGAUUUAACAAAUUUAAAACGAAUUGUACGAGAAGUGUGGUGCCUUGAAGGCAAAUGGUCAUCACCUGGGGGCCAGUCGAAGAAGUUUUCUAGCACAAACUCUGACUUAGUAGUCACAUGGCAUAAAGGUAAAGCAAAAUCUGUGCUUUUUAAAGGUAGAGACGGUGUUUUGGUGCGAGAUCGAUGUAUAUUGCUUUGCGAACAAGCAACUCAGUCCAUGCUAAAGCCUCAUUUGCCAGACUCCAAUGAAAUUAAACUGUCGCAGCAAAAUAUUACAAGUGCGUGUAAUUUCCCUAACCUAUCGGACAGAAAUAUGAAUGCCGCCAUCGAUUCCCCUUCCCCGGUUGAAAGUACACAAGGCAGAACUAUCCAUCGUUCAGCUCCCGCUUUUGUCAAUAAUCAUUGCCAGACUGAGCAUAUGGAGCUGAAUAAUAAUAAUUGUGGUUGUGGCUGUGGAAUUCUGGUUGCUGAGUUUGAAGGGAUAAAACUUGAUUUAGUUAUUUUACAAAAGAAAUUUGAGAUUGAAUUUGCGACCGAACGUACCAAUGUAAGCCAACUUAAGCGGGAACUUGCUCAUGAAAAAGAUAAAAACAGUCGUCUCGAGUCGAACUUGACUUUGUUUGUGAGAGAAAGAAAUGCCGAAGUUGAUGAAUUGAAUGAAACAAUAGCCUUACUUAACGACAGAAUCAAAACUAGUGAAGCGAUUAUUGAUCAACUGAGACCUUCUAAUGCAAGCAUAAAUUUGGAAGAAACAUGUACUUUUGAUUCUGCUCAAUCAAAAGAUUAGCUUGUCGGAAAAUAUCCAGUUUGUGUCGACAUUAGUACGCAAACCAAGAAUGACGAUCAAAAAUUAUCCAAUAAUAGGAGAAAAUGUAAGCAACUCGAAAGCGAUUUAACUAUUUUAGUCAUGAUUUGAAUAAUACUAUUGUCUGGCUUGAGAAUAAACUCAAGUCAACUGAAGCGAGUAAUGAAUCUUUAAGUGAAACAAUAAUGCGCAUAAAUUCAGUUAAACUUUUGAAAUCAAAACAAUGCGGAAUUCUUCCAUUCCUGAAUCGGACCAAAGAAUGUGAUCAAAUCAAUAAUGACCGUAUUGAGGUGGAAUCACCAGUACAUGAUAAUACGAAGGAUGUAUGUCUAAAACCGAAUGACAAUAAACCCGAGGAUAGUAAUGAGGAAAACGAAAGGGUUAGUCAGCCUAUGGCAGCUAAUAUACAAGCUAGUCACGAG